AUGUACAGAACUAAUCACCCAUGGUGGAAGCUCACGCAUAUCCUCUGUAUCCUCGGCCACCUGGGGUUGAUAAUAGCCGGCGUCGUCGCCUUCAUCCACAACCUGCAGAGUGAGGCAGACAACCUAGAGACCACAUCACAGCAACCAACGACCAUAGUCAUGAAUAUGUCGGAUGACCAAACCGUCAUCAACUCUGAUACCAAGUCCUGCAACAUUGUAUUGCUACAAGGGCUGGGCAGUGGUGCUGAUGGAAAGAGUGGAAGCGGGCACAGCAAUUUUGGGAUCAUUGUCAAUGAGCUGUUGCCAGUUGCUUCUGUCAUCGUGGGAACAAUAGGUCUAACUCUCAACAUUGGAAUUUUUGCCGCUCUUCUCGCCGUCGAGACUACUUCUGCAAAAGUUAACCUCACAGAAGGCGAGCAGCACUGGCGCAAGAAAAUUGUGACAGUCUCGUGCUGCGUGUUUAACUUGCUCCUUGCUGGUGCCGGGAUAGGGCUGGCAGGAGCCAUGGGCAUUAGGUUGUCUAACCUUGGUAACAGGCAGCUGGAAAUGAGUAAUGGUGAAAGGAGUCUGAUUGCUCCUUUGGUCAUGGGUGUUGUGCAGGCGGCACUCUGCGUAAUAACCGCACUGUUCGACUUUAUCAAGAAUCAUCGGGAAGGGCAAGACCUCAUCGACUAG